AUUUCUGAAGUUUAGGGAAGGCAAAAGGAGUCACGGAUAUGGAGUUACCGGCUGUUAACUUAAAGGCAAUUGUCUUCACACACUGGCUGCUGACAGUAUUUGCAUGCAUGAUUGAUUGGCUUCCUAAAGCCUAUGGUUUGGCAAACAUAACAAUCCUGGCAAUGGGAGUUUGGGCAAUUGCACAGAGGGAUUCUAUUGAUGCAAUUUUUAUGUUUCUCAUUGGGCUGUUGCUGACUAUUUUGACUGAUAUCCUUCUUUUUGCACUGUACUUUACUGAAGCAGAGAAAGCAUCAGAAUCAGGACCUCUUCGAGAUUUGUUUCGCUUUAGUUCAGGCAUGGGCAUUUUCAGCCUGCUUCUGAAACCUUUGUCUUGCUUCUUCAUGUAUCACAUGUAUCGUGAGCGAGGGGGAGAGUACUUUGUCAAUCUAGGAUUCAUUACUCUUUCCAGAGAUCGCAGCUCCUACCAGUCCAUCGAGCAUAUGGAUCCUCCAGCUGACCAAGAUAACAAAUUGCCAUCACGCACAUAUUGAAAAUAUAAUAUGACGUGAUCAGAUUAAAUAACUGGGACUAAAAGGAAGAAUGCCUAAAGCAGAAAAGCAAGAUCUGAUACCUGGGCUGUACAUGCCCUUGUGUUCUCGCCCAGAACUAGUAAAAAUAUGUGCUGAGGACCAUUCAGAUUUGAGACUUAUAAGAGGAUACAACAAGUUAUUCAUUAUCAACAAAUGUUCAAUAGCGCUUGUGUUAAAAAUGAGGUCUAUAUAUUUUCUUUGCUAAAAGGAAGGAGAUAGUUAAACCAGUUCCAGCAUUGGGAUUAAUUUGUCCCCAUCUUUCACUUUAACUUCCAGAAUAUACUGUGACAAUCAAUACAAAUUUAGGUUUUGUUUUAUAAGAUUAUUUUUGGUUCAGUAAGGAACAUAAACUUUAAAAAAAUAGUUUGCAUACUUGCAAAUCUUUAAAUUGUAUAAACUGUGAACAGGAUAAAUACAUGUACUAACACUGCUAAAAUAUUAGUAUAGAAAUAUUUCUGUAAUAUAUUUGCCUUUUAGGGUAUUUAAAGAAAUGUUAAGAAUAAAAUAUUUUAAAAAAGGCCAUAUGCUAUGCCAUCUUACUAUACUAGCAUCAUCUGAUGUGUUUGCAUUUUGCACAUUGUGGGAGUAGCGAAUGAUUAUAGGUCAGCUUCUACUGUACAGUAGAACUAAAUGCAACGAUACACUGUUCACAUAUCUGGAUUCCUAGAACAUUCUGAUGAAAGCCAUCAAGGUAGAUAUUAGGUUAUUUAAUUAAAGGUAAAAAGUGUUCCUGAAGAACCUACGCUAUGAAUGAAUGCUAUUGCUCCUCCCUUGAUGAGCUGCUCCAAAAUUUUGGCUGUCCUUCUUUCCUUACUGUGUCUCUGCAAAUACGCCCAGCAGUGUCCCUGAAAAAAAAAAAAAAUUAUAUAUAUUAAAAGUCCUGGAAGUAUGGUGCACACAGAGUACUCCAGGUACUGCCUGGGUGCAUGGUUAACAUAACAUAAAUAGUAAGCACAAACAAACCGCACUCACAGGACUUGUGUGAAGCAAAAAAAUGGUGUUUAAUUCAAUGUUUCCUAUGAAUACAUUUGCAGUCACACAAAACAUGUUAGGUUUUUAUCUUUAAUAAAGCUUUUUUGAAAUUUUAUCCGA